CCGCCGGCCCACACUCGACGCUCGACGCGCGAGACAGGACAGGGAGAGGGCCCGGCUGCUGGGGAACUUCACCACGCGUCUUCCCGCUUUCGCAUCAACUUGAUUACGACGAUUGAUUAUUUUCUCGACGACCACGACGACGACGACAACGACUGCAACGACGACAGCAACGCCCAACCGUAACCGACCUCACCGAGUCCUGCCGAAUCCUACAUAGCCACCGGAACCAUCUGAAAUAUGCCGCUGCUCGUCGACAAACACCGGCCCCGAUCGUUGGAGGCACUGCACUAUCACGGGGGGCUCUCUUCAAGGCUGAAGUCUUUGGCCAACAGCGGCGACUUCCCCCAUCUCCUGAUAUACGGCCCCUCGGGCGCAGGCAAGAAGACACGCAUUGUGGCGACGCUGAAGGAGCUGUUCGGACCGGGCGCGGAAAAGAUACGCAUCGACGCGCGGGUGUUCCAGACCAGCUCGAACCGCAAGAUCGAAUUCAACAUCGUAUCGUCGAACUACCACCUCGAGAUCACUCCGUCAGACGUCGGGAACUACGACCGGGUAGUGAUCCAGAACCUGUUGAAGGAGACGGCGCAGACGCAGCAGGUAGACCUAGCCGCGAAGCAGCGCUUCAAGGUCGUAGUCAUCAACGAGGCCGAGUACCUUACGCGCGAUGCCCAGGCCGCCCUCAGGCGCACGAUGGAAAAGUACUCGCCGAAUCUGCGGCUGAUCCUCGUCGCCAACUCGACCGCGAACAUCAUCCCGCCCAUCAAGUCGCGCACGCUGCUGGUGCGCGUCGCGGCGCCGACUAGGGACGAGAUCGUCAAGAUCUUGAAGUACACCGCCGAGCUGGAGAAGCUCGAGUGGCGGGAGAAGCUGGCCGAGCGGAUUGCGGAGGAGAGCGGGAGGAACCUCCGCCGCGCCCUGUUGAUGUUCGAGUCGGUGUAUGCGCAGAACGAAAUGGUUAAGGACUCGACGCCCAUCCCGCCGCCGGACUUUGAGGCGUUGAUCAGCCAGAUUGCGGACGAGAUCCUCGCCGAGCACACACCCGCUAGAAUCAUGCAGGUGCGCGGCAAGAUGUACGAUCUGCUCACGCACUGUAUUCCGCCGACUACCAUCCUCAAGCUCCUGACUUUCCGCCUGAUCGAACGGAUCGACGACCAGCUCCGCGCUGAGGUCAUCAAGUGGUCCGCUUUCUACGAGCACCGUAUCCAUAUCGGCACCAAGCACAUCUUCCACCUCGAGGCGUUCGUGGCGAAGUUUAUGAGGAUCUUGGAGGGGUACUUGAUGGGUAUUGAGAUGUGAUCUAUAGAGGGGGGUGGGAGGGAGAGAACAUCGAGGUAUCGUCGUGUACGGCCUUACUAUGUACCGGUAGACCAUAGCGACCCCAUGUCGAGAAUAGCGAUAGUAAUGACGAAACCGAGUGACCAAC